ACUUGUUAAACAGCACCAAACGUACCCAUAAUAUGUCUUCCCCAACGCGCUCCCCACUUCUUCCCAUCCAAAUCCGGAUUUUGUCUCAAUCUCUGUUUACUUUUCUCCGUCGAUUCCCCAUCUUCACCGGUCCUUAAAGAUCAAACUGGGUUGAUUCCUCUACCCAGCUUCUUGAAGAAAUGGAGGAGUUGCUUCUUGAAGAAAUGGAGGAGUUGCAGGCACCAGUAAUGGAGUCUAAUCCAACGCUGCAGAAUGGUGGAACUACUGAAUCAUCAACCUCUGAUGGAUAUGUAGAUGAUAUUGAAGCAGAAGCAAAUCCUUACUUCACUCAAAUGUUUGCUGGUGGGCUGACCACUGAUACAAUGGUUCAAAUGCUUGCACGAUUCAAGGAAUCUUCUGUGAAAAGGUAUUGUGUUGCUUCAGUACCAUUCUUCUGUAGCCCGUUAGCCACCCAAACUGAUUGUUGAUGCCCAUUGCCCAACCCACUUGAGCAGUAAUAGGCAAAAUGGCCCAAGUUUUCUUUUGCAUGAA